UUGCAGUUAAUAUUUAAAAAAGAAAAUGGCACUGAAACUGAAUUCAGCUGACGCUAGAACAAGGAGUUCGAUUCAAAUAUUCAUUGUUGUCGGAUUGUGUUGUUUCUUCUACAUAUUGGGAGCGUGGCAAAGAGGUGGUUUCGGUAAAGGGGAUAGCAUAGCUUUAGAAAUGACCAAACAUAGUGCAGAUUGCAACAUCGUCCCGAACUUGAACUUUGAAACCCACCACGCCGGUGAAGUUGGUAACGUUGAUGAAUCCGAAAAGCCCAAAUCUUUCGAGCCCUGUCACCCUAAUUACGUUGAUUACACGCCUUGCCAAGAUCAAAGGCGCGCCAUGACUUUUCCCAGGGACAACAUGAUUUAUCGUGAGAGGCAUUGUCCGAGAGAGGAAGAGAAGUUGCAUUGUCUUAUCCCUGCACCUAAAGGAUACGUGACCCCAUUUCCUUGGCCUAAGAGUCGUGACUAUGUGCCUUAUGCUAAUGCCCCUUACAAGGCUUUGACUGUUGAGAAAGCUAUUCAGAAUUGGAUCCAAUAUGAGGGUAAUGUGUUUAGGUUCCCUGGUGGAGGAACGCAGUUUCCCCAAGGGGCAGACAAGUACAUCGAUCAGCUUGCUUCGGUUAUACCGAUUACUAAUGGGACUGUUAGGACUGCACUUGAUACUGGUUGUGGGGUUGCAAGCUGGGGUGCAUACCUUUGGAGUAGAAAUGUUAUUGCCAUGUCGUUUGCUCCUAGAGAUUCACAUGAAGCACAGGUUCAGUUUGCUCUUGAAAGAGGCGUACCUGCUGUUAUUGGCGUUCUUGGAACCAUAAAGAUGCCGUAUCCAUCUAGAGCUUUUGAUAUGGCUCACUGUUCUCGUUGCUUGAUUCCAUGGGGAGCAAAUGAUGGAAUGUACAUGAAAGAAGUUGACCGUGUUCUUAGACCUGGUGGUUACUGGGUACUUUCAGGUCCACCAAUCAAUUGGAGGAACAAUUACAAAUCAUGGCAGCGUCCCAAGAAGGAACUUCAGGAGGAACAACAAAAGAUUGAGGAUGCUGCCAAACUUCUUUGCUGGGAAAAGAAACAUGAGAAGGGUGAAAUUGCCAUUUGGCAAAAGCGGGUCAAUGGUGAAGCUUGUCGUGGUAGACGAGAUGAUUCUAGUUUCUGCAAGGCUGGAGAAGCUAAUGAUGUCUGGUACAAGAAAAUGGAUGCAUGUGUUACACCUUAUCCAGAUGUUAGUAGCUCAGAAGAAGUCGCUGGCGGUAAACUGAAGCCAUUCCCAGAGAGACUAUAUGCAGUCCCUCCUAGAAUUGCUAGUGGAAGUGUUCCUGGAGUUUCUGUUGAGACAUACCAAGAGGACAACCAGAAGUGGAAGAAGCACGUUGAUGCUUAUAAGAAAAUCAAUAGGCUUAUAGAUUCUGGUCGGUAUCGUAAUAUUUUGGACUUGAAUGCUGGUUUGGGAGGGUUUGCUGCAGCCCUUGACUCUUCCAAAUUGUGGGUUAUGAAUGUCAUGCCCACCAUAGCAGAGAAAGAUACCCUGGGUGUCAUAUAUGAACGUGGAUUAAUUGGCAUCUACCAUGACUGGUGUGAGGCCUUCUCCACAUACCCGAGGACAUAUGAUCUCAUUCAUGCCCAUGGUCUUUUUAGUUUGUACCAGGACAAAUGUAAUCUUGAGGACAUUCUUUUGGAGAUGGACCGGAUUUUGCGUCCAGAAGGUGCGGUUAUAUUCCGUGAUGAGGUAGAUGUUCUAAUUAAAGUGAAGAAGAUAACAGCAGGAAUGAGGUGGGACACUAAGAUGGUUGACCAUGAAGAUGGCCCUUUAGUUCCUGAGAAGAUAUUGGUUGCUGUUAAGCAAUAUUGGGUUGCAGGUGGAAACUCAACAGCCGCACAGUGAUCGGCCAUGGGGAGCAGACUUGGAAACCUUAUGCCAUGAUCUGAGCUGCCGAUGCUUUCUGUUGCACGAAGUUCGUAACAUGAAUUCGAUUAAUUUCUGGCCUGGAAAGUUUUGCUGCUUGGUUCCGGUGUUAGGGAGGCAAUUUCGGUAACAAACUAUGGAUUGAUAUCGAUCACUGUGGGCUCGUUUGUAUUAAAUUAUGAAUAGACAGCUAUAAAAGCUUAUACGCAUCCAAGGUUCCAUUAUAUUUUAGUUUUGGUCGUAUUUGCAAAAUGUUUGAUU